GUGGUACUCAGUGCGAGCUUGGAUCCUCGAAUUUGGCAGGGAUUGCUAUGAACGGAAAAUGGGCUCCGGCGAGAGAGGGGAUGGUACAGUUAAAGCUUGCAGAGCCGUCUGGUCGGGGGAGAUGGAUACCUGAGGAAGGAGAGAGGCAGAGGUGCGAAGUCCGCGGCCAAUGGAAACGCACUGCGCGUGGAGAAAACAUGACGUGCACGAUCAACGAAUCAAUACCAGCGGAUGCCGUUAUCAAUUUCCGAAGGUGUAGAGCCGUCCCGUGGCUUGGGUGCGAAGAACUGAGGGCAACGGGAGAUGGCAGAUGAAUGCCGACAAGUGGAGGUGGCGAAGCUUUGAGCUCCUUUCCAACCUGACCCAGUCACUCAGGGUUCCGACGCGUGACCGCCUAAAAACCUUGCCACAGCUUUGAGGGUGCUCUCUAGACAAACUGCCACCAACUCGUACUCGUCGUUCACAGCUGCAGGAAUCAACCUGUAACGUACCCCGAGCACAACCUAGCACGCACCUGUCCUGAAUUUCCGUCCUACGUCUUCCUAGGUCUGUUACAUAUUACCCGCUCUUACCAUGUUCCAGUUCUUCUGACGACCGUCCGUUCCAUGUAGCAUAAGCGCAUUUCGCCCGACAUGUACCCAAGCCAGCACAUCGGCGAAGCUGAUCCAUUCGUGCUGUACGCGAAAUCGUUGCACGACUACACGCUCAAGCUGUGGACGGAGUCGAUCCGGGUUUCUGAGGAGCGUGGUCGGGGUCGGAUGAUCGCUAAACCAUCGAGGAGAAAGAGCGACAUGCAGAGGACAAACGGGCAGACGCAGUCGAUGGAUACAGCGGCCUAAAGCACGCCAAAUCUGAAGAUGAUCUGUCAGCGACGGACGGCGUUGUCGCCGUCGUGCAGCGCCGAGCGGCACACUCACCUACGGGCCCCCACCUUGCUCACCUAUUAACCGACCAUCUUCAUCUCGUGUUUUGCUGGCUACCCCGCGGGUAUUUUCAUGCGGUUCUUCACCUCGUAUCUGAUGUUAUGACGACGAUUAUAUGCUGCGUACCUCCUAGCAUAUUACCCCACCCCUGCUGUAUUUAAUGCCAGACAUCUCUACGCAGACCUCUCAACAUCUACUCCCUUCUGUCCCCAUUUUCCAUGACUCGCAUUCGUAACUUUUGUGUACAGUGAUAUGUGAAUGAUUAGUGGCAAAUAGUCGUGAUCUUGCUCGGCUGGAGGGUUCGUCGAGGUGGAUGGGCAGACGAGGUGGAGAGUAAGAGGAGCGAG